AUGAAAUCAUUUAAAUUAAGAUCUUACACUAGAUUAGAAGAAGAUUUGAAUUAUGGUGCUUACGAGUUGCCAGGAUUUAAUUAUUUAUUUGUGCUAAAUAAUGCUGUUUCUUCAAAAGAUAAUAGAUACAUUGCAUGCCCUGUUUGAAGGAGCGAUCUAGGGUUAUUAAUUAGAAUAUGAGACACAAAUGCAAAGAAUUCAUCUAAUAUUAUAUCAGAAAUCUAUGCCUCACAAUUGUAUACUCUUAUAUAUCCAGUCAGCAUGCAGUUUAUUGGAAAUUCAAUACUUACACUCUAUAUUAGUUAUGGAAAUGAAUAUUGAAGUUAUAAAAUUAAUGAAAAUUAUUUGAUAUUCCCUAAAAUGAGCAAAGAAGAGUACUCAGAAAUGACUAAUUUGUGGGGAACAAACUCGUUUUAUUUGUAUAUUAUUGCAGAAAAUGCCAAUGGAGAGGUUGCCUCUAAGUAUCUUUAUUUUAAUAGAGAGGUCAGAGGAAAGAAAAGUGAUAAUUAUUGAUGGAUUUGGGUUUUAGUUUCUAUAGCAAUUGUUGCUUGCAUCAUUGGAGGGGGGCUUUAUAUUAGGAAACUGUUGAAAGCCCAUAGACGUCGAUCUUUAGAGUUAAUUCUUAUGAGAGAAAUUCAUAAUAAAGAGGGUUUACAAGACACAGAGCUAAAUUAA